GGAAGGAGCUUUUUUCGCAAAUAUUCGUCUUCACUGGGAUUUAUACAAUAGGUUUUGACAUUUUUUUUUCUGCCAGUUAACUGGCAACAUACUAUCUGUAAUUAACCUGCCACAUUAAGAUUUUGCUCCUUUUAUCGGCAUAUUUGGUGGCUGUACCCCAAGGCACAGAUGCGUGGAUGAAAACAACACUGUAAGCAUGAGCAUUUCGGAAAAAUUAGCAAUAAACAAAACGUUUCGUAUAGCUCUAACUCUUAUAAACAAGCUAAAUAAAAUCAGGUUCAAAAGGACAAGAACCUAAGUAAAAUGCCUAAAUCAGAAAAGAGACUGACCAAAAUGGAUGAUCACAGUUCUGAUGAUGAAGAGGAUGCUUUAGAGAUGGAGAGAAACUUUGCUUUACUCAGUAAAAGGGGUGUGAUGCAAACUUUAGCAGAGGAUGAAGAGGAAAUGAGGGAUGAAGAGGAAAUGAGAGAUGAAGAUGGAUCCGCAGAGGAGGACGAAGCACCUGAAGAGGAUGAAGACAAUGACAUGGAUGAUGAAGGUGACUCAGGGAGUGAUGAAGAUGAGUCAGUUAGUGACCAUGGAGAUGAAGGAGGCAGCAAGGCACAAUCACACAGGGGGGGCAACAUUAAAAGUGAAUUAUCAACCAUGUCAUUUGAGGAAAUCAUAAAGCUACAGAAUAAAGUUGGAACAAAAGUGUACAAUAAAAUCGCUUAUGGUGCCACGAAGCAGCAGCAAAAAAAUGAGCCCAUGAAACGACUAAAUAAACACAGACCUCAAGAGAUUUCUGCAAAGAAACCUGUGCCUUUCCUCCGAAAAGUGGUUCCCGUCAAGAAAAGGAUUUCAAGAGACCCUCGCUUUGAUGACCUCUCAGGGGAAUACAAGCCUGAAAUUUUUAAUCAGACAUACAAAUUCAUUAACGAGCUCCGAGAAAAGGAAGAACAGAUAGUGAGGAAGAAUCUAAAGAAAGCCAAAUCACAAGCUAAAAAGGAAGAGCUGAAAGCCUUGCUUAAGAGAAUGGAAAACCAACAGAGGGAACGUCAGAGGCAAGAGCAGGAGAGAGAAAAGGAACUUAAGUACAAGCGGAAACAGAGAGAGCUGGUUGGCCAAGGACACAAACCCUUCUACCUGAAGAAAUCUGACAUGAAGAAGCUGGAAUUGGCAGAGAAGUACAGUGAGCUGAAAAAGAGUGGAAAACUGGAGAACUUCUUGAGUAGGAAGAGGAAGCGCAACGCCACCAAGGAUCGCAAAAAUUUGCCCAAGAUGCGAUAAAUAUGAAUCAAUCAUGACAUGCCUGUAGCAAGUUGUGUUGAUUACUUGUCUUAGUGUGACAUGAUGCAGAAGGAUGUCAGCUGAGCAGUUAUUUUUGCUGGACUGUGAUGUUUAAAGAAAACACAAGGUUUAAAUUUCACCUACAGUUGCACAAAACUGGAUAAAGAUGUAUGUUGUUAAUAGGUUUGACACAGAUGCUUUUCUUAAAUACCCAUUGUCUUCUGUUCUUUCAUUAUAAUGUAAUGUUUCAUGUUUUGAACAUGUUCUUAAAAUAAAAUCCCUACAUUUA